UUAUGUAUCUAAAUAUGUGUGUAUGCCGUAGAAUAGUUUUUGUUAGGUGGAUACGUACAUAAAAAAUGGGAUAGUUGUAGCGGAACUGUGUGAUCGAAUAGUGUGAAAGCCAUGGUUACAAAUUAUUAAAGCUGAAAGCGCAAACUGAAUACACUGCAGUUGCCGGAACUGAAUAUGUGCAAAGGGAAAAAGAAAGGCGACCAGUAAAUUCGUAUUCCUGCUUGAGUGUACUAAGAAAAAUAGUGUUUCGGACAAAUAAUACAAUGCGGGUCAAGCUAUCUUGUCGAUCAAAGAUACGUACGUGCUUUUCAACGCAUCUAUAGGAUGCAUUUAUCCUCAAACAAUAUUAAAAUGUGUGUGUGUUACUCGAGAUAUCGGUUUUAGUAAUAUUCGUAAGCCAUGAUGAGGGAGUCGGCUCACGAUAUAAGCAUGGACACCUGGAAGCAGUGGAUCCUCGAGGCCAUAUCGAAGAUCAGGUCCCAAAAACAAAGGCCCUCAGUGCAGAGGAUUUGUCAAGCGAUCGGAACCCAUCACAAAUUUCAUGAGGACAUUGUGGCCGAGAAACUAGAGAAGGCAGUCGAGUCGGGAGCAGUUAUUAAAGUCUACAACAAGGGACUCCACUCCUACAAGGCUCCAAUGGCCAAGCGGCGCAUUAAAGUAGACAAGAACACCAAUCUGUACAAGCUAGUGGCCAAGGCAGUCCACGAUUUGGGCGAAUGCGAAGGGUCCACGAUUAAGAGCAUAGAGAACUACAUCCAAAAGUUCAACUGCAUUGAUCUGUCGCCCAAUGUAGAUUUUAAGGCCGUUAUCAAGGCGUCCAUUAAGAAGGCUGUGGAUGCCGGCUUUUUGAUACAGGAGGGAAAACUAUACAAGAAGGGUAAAUCCCUUACAACGCCGCGAAAAUGUGCGCCUGCUUCAGACGUGGUCAUAAAAGGCGAGGAGAGUUGCACCCACUGCUCGGGCAACUCGCAGAAGAAUCUCAACGGCAUCCCAGAACCCCUGAGCUCUUGCAAACAGUGCGGCAUUUCUCUGCACACUACCUGCGCCAAUAUUGCCGGCAGAUGUAAGUCCCAAUCCUACGUGCUGCUUUACAUGCUCGUUACCAAGGGCACUAAUUGGGAUUGCCAGAACUGCGCCGACUGCGCCGUCUGCAAGAUGCGAAACCGAGGACCUUGCCUGUUGCAGUGUUUCGUGUGUAAAGACCACUUUCAUUUAACAUGUCUCGACACAAUUCCAGACAAGAAGCCCAAGCAUCCAUACAGGUGUAAAACAUGCUCCAAGCAAAGCAUUGACAACCCUAAAUUGCUGAAAAGGGACAAUGCAAGAGUAAAAAUGGAGAUUGGCAAUGAGAGGAUGACCACCUCUGACAAAUAUGGCUCCAAUAAGCGGCAAAACAUCAAAAAAGAGGGCCACAUAGACAGUCCAUCGACCUCGAAACUUUGCGUUUACAAUGACGGCAAUGGUCAGAGGCGAAAAAUUGCCGCCAGUUUGAAUUCGAGAAAACUGAAUCACAGCGGAGAUCAGUUCGAGUUCCCCGGCAAGCAAAAGAGGUCGCAUGUAUUACAGGGAGGCUACUUGGCUAGCCAGGAAACGCGGAAGCGAACCUUUUCGGACCUUUCAUCGACAAGUUCGUCGAGCGAAAGUGAAGAUGACGACGAUGAGGACGACGACAGGAACAGAAAUGGCGACGACAACGACCAGGACGAGAGCACAUCCUCGGAUUCGUGUACUUCAUCGAGCUCUGACUCGGACUCUAGCGAAAGUUCCAGCGACAGUUCCGAAUGCGAUGACGAAAACGACGAGGAGGAUUAUGACACGGAUCGCAGUACUCUAAAGGGAAAGAUCUUUGAGAACGAGAAGGAGAGCUGCUCUAAACUUAACACCGGCGAAGGUUUAAGCUCGCCUCACAACAGUGAGGUGGCAAGUGAAAACUGGGGCUUCGCAGCCGUGGCAAAAAACCCAAUUGACAUAUUUGUUAAAUCAAAAAACAACACCAGUGCCAAGAGCAUUGCGUACACCAAGCCAGCAGGGAACGCGUUCGCGACGUCGCCAGCUGCCAAUCGGACGCAAAAGAGCACGCCAGUAGCUUCUUCUACACCUGACAAAAGUUCCACGCCCAUAGUCGGAAUGACCAUAAGACGGUCGACCGUAAAUGGCCAAAAGAAAAAGAUUAUUCCCCUGAAGAGCAUGCCCCUUGAAGUGGGCAAGUCGUACGAAAAGUGCGAAGACGACAUUCCGUAUUUAACAGAGGAGACUGUAAUGAAGGUUCAGCUCAUGGAAGAGAUUGAACGAUGCAGAGAAACCCACAGCGAAGCCGAUGGCAAAGCAGAAACAAACAACGAUGAAGAUUCGCCCGGGGAAAACACAAAGCGCGCCAAUCCUUUCGAAAACCAGCCGCUGCCGCCUGGAGUAACAGCUACGGAUGUGGAACUGUACCAAGAGGUUCUGCACAAGGCCGUCGUUCAAAUGUCCAACAAUCACGUCGAGCAAGUAAAUGACUUAAAUAUAAAACCCGGACAGAACACCCAGAGUCCCAAGUCAAUCCAAAUUGGAAAGUGGGACAUUGAAACCUGGUACUCCAGCCCAUUUCCGCAGGAGUACGCCAGGUUAAUGAAACUGUUUUUGUGUGAGUUCUGCCUAAAGUACACAAAGAGUCGCUCUGUGCUGGACAGGCAUCAGAACAAGUGCAUUUGGAAGCAGCCGCCUGGCACUGAAAUAUUCAGACAAGGAAACAUAUCGGUGUUCGAGGUGGAUGGCAAUGUUAACAAGAUCUAUUGCCAGAACUUGUGUCUGCUGGCCAAGUUCUUUCUUGACCACAAAACUCUUUACUACGACGUGGAACCGUUUCUUUUCUAUAUUUUGACCAAAAAUGAUCAAAGUGGGUGCCAUUUGGUUGGUUACUUCUCAAAAGAAAAGCACUGCACUCAAAAGUACAACGUGUCGUGCAUUCUAACGAUGCCGCAGUACCAGAGGCAAGGAUACGGACGGUUUCUAAUCGACUUCAGUUACUUGUUGAGCCGCGAAGAGGGACAGUUGGGAACCCCAGAAAAACCGCUAUCGGAUUUAGGUCGUCUCUCGUACUUUUCCUACUGGAAAUCCGUUGUGUUGGAGUACUUGUACAAAUAUCGCAACCAUACAAAGAUCACCUUUAAGGAUAUAGCCAUUAAAACUGGUCUAGCUAUAUCCGAUAUUGCCCUGGCCUUCGAGUUACUGAACUUUAUAAAGCUACGGAAAAAUGACGGCGACAUAAGGUAUCAGAUUAACGUGAAGAUUGACUGGAAGAAAGUGGUUGCCCAUCAUAAUAAAAUGACCAACAGUAAGACUCGAAUAAUCAUCGAAGCGGACUGUUUGAGAUGGAGCCCUUUGCUGUCGGUUUCGAAAGUGCCCAACAUAAUCAAGCCGAUUUCGAAUCGCGAAUAUUUGAACAACCAAAUUGAGAAGAAAUCCGAUUUGAAGGAAACGAAUGAAGAUAAUAAAGUGGUCGUAAAGCAAAGUGUGCCCACUGCCCCGAAGAUGCAUCAGGACAGUCAAGAGGUUCAAGCAAGGAAUAGGGGGCCUAGCUUAGAAAAGCUGCAGGAAGAUAGAGAACACCACAGAAAACGUGCGUGCCCGGAAGAGUUCCUUAAAUCGGCUCCGAAUGAGGCAAAAAAACUCAAGGUGUCUGCACCACAGCCGCACCUUGAGGAUCAGUCGCUUGGUGAGCAGUCCGACUCAUCUGACUCUAAAUCUGCUAAAGAACUGUCGGAGCAUCUCACUAAAAGGGCUCAGCGAUUAGCCAAACGCAACGACAUAAUUCCCACCAACAAACGGAAACAUUUCGACCGACCAUUGGAGAGCAAUGCUUUUUCAAGCGACCAAAAUCCUCCGGUACAGAGUCAAUCGGAAGUUUGUUUACCCGACGGUGAACCCAAGUUGGAAGAAACUGCUGCCAAGGAGAUAAACAAAAGUGUUCUGGAAAAGGAGCACGUCGACAAACCGGUUAACAUCGUACCCAAAUUAAGGGGCAAACAGUCCAAUGGAAAAAGAACAGAGGAAUCUCAAUUUAAUGGGAAUACCACUUCGGAUCCUGGUGAUGUUUCUUUACUAAGUCCAGCCAAGAAAACCACUAAAGAAUUGGUGCAGUUGACGAAAACUGAGAUUUCAGAGAAAAGCCAGGAUUCGGCAAAGACCGAGAGCGAAGCCAGCAGUGUAAGCGAACAAGUGCUCGAUGCAGUGGCUAAGAAAACCAAGAAGACCUUAUUCUCCUCCGAUGUUACUUCGUACAAUACUGAAGAUGUAAAAUUUAGUGCGCAGGAUAAGCCAGUGGUUAACACUCCGCAGGUAAAGGAGACAUCCAAAGAGGUCGAAACAAAGGAGGUCAAGCCGCUUGAAGUGCCGGAACAAAAGCCCAAGAGUCCCGAAAAAGCGGAACCUGUUGUAGUGGCUGCCCAGCCCGUGGAGCAGGUCAAGGUUCCUGGGAGUACCGAGAACGCUAACAACCCCGUGGAGGAAAAAAUGGAGCUGGAUGUGAACUAUUUGAAAAAAUCCCCGGCUCCACCUACAGUGCUGCCAGUGCAGAAAUCAGUGCCUGAGGCGCCUGCCCCUUCUGUUCCGAAGGAAAAGGACAAGGACACCGUGAUCGCUCAGCCAAGUGAGGCAUUACCAAAACCGCCAGAAACGGAAAGAGUGAAGAAAGUGGAAGUCCCUGUGUCGAAUCCACUUGUUAACCGCGCAGAUGCUUGCUCCGCUGUGGAGCAACUACAAGCACAGCCGGUAAAGGAAAAGAUCGCACCGGAAAAAUUAGAGCUGCCAGUGGCCAAGGAAAACGUUGAUGUCAAGGAAAAGGCAAUAAGGAGAACAGUGUCGGAGGCAACUGUUGUGAAGCCGGAGAUUAACAGCGUGGAAAAGAAAUACGAGCCCAGCAAGGUGGCAGCUGUUGCUGAAAAGGAAGUAAUCAAGUCCGACCAGCAUCUAGUGCAGGUCAAGGAGGAGGAGAAGUCAAUUGCAAGGGCACCCUCCGCUCCCAUUCCCAUCCGAGACAAAAUCCAGCUGAAGGGCAACGAGCACGCCCAGCUGCAGAACUCGAUUCCCUCCCAGUUCCCACUCAACCAGAUGCCGAACUACCACGGCUCACAGUAUUGGCAGUGGGACUACUACGGCUACAACCUCUCGCACCUGGACGCCGCCUCGCAAAAGGGCCAAAAGCAGUUCCACAAGGACCUGGCCACCACCAUGGCCUAUACGCACAAUUUCACGCAAAACCUUUACCAAUCCGCCAAUUUGGCCAUGCAGCACGCCCAUCACCAGAUGCACCAGACCAAGGAGAAGCACAAGGUGGAGCGCAAGAACAGCGGCAAGAAGGAGGAACACUCCAAGGUGGUGUCUAGUGUGUCGAACGUGGUCAGCUCUGCCCGCGAGGAGGUGCACGUCCAGCAGUGCAACGAGUAUGCGGGCAACAACCAGGCGGCCAUUUACAACCAGAAGUGCGUCACGCAGCAAAAGCAGGCGCAGCAGAUGAAGGCCCUGGCCAAUGUCCAGAAUCCAGUGCCACGACAGAGCAAGGCAAACCCGAGCGAAGCGACAGUUCUGAUGCCCAAUCCAGUGAACGCCCAGUCAGGAGCUGUGCCCGCCAAGCAGAAGGUGGAGCACGGUGUCAACGCGGCUUCAGUCAUUUCCCGCGAGGGAAAGCUUAAUAAGAUUGGCCACCCCAACAUUCACGCUUCCGCACAGCAUGCUAAUCUCCAAGUGGGCGGCGGCCAGUCCGACGUAAACCCCAAUCUAGUAUACAACACUGAGUCCUCGACGAAUGCGACCAUGCAGCACUACGAUUGCGGGAUCAAUGCCCAGAUUAACAUGGAGUCGCCGGCCAAUAUUGGCUCUGCCAUCGCCCAUGGGGCGCAAGAAAUCGCAGCUUCGCCGAACGUCCAUAUGCACCAGCCGCACAGGCAGUUCUCCGACUGCUCCAUGCAGAACCAGCCCGUGACCACGCCCAUGCACAUGUCCAUCCAAAACUCGCACAUGCAGCAGCAAAACAAUCUGAACAUUAAUAUGGCGCCGGAGGGCUCGUCGAACAUCAAUCUCCUCAGCAAUCCGCAGCACCAGCAUCAGAAUAGGAAACUGAAUGCCCAGGCGGAAAUCGCGGUCAGCUCUCCAACACCUUCGCACAGAGCCACCACGCCCAAGCAAAUUCGAAGCGGAAACACGACUCAGCAACGGGACGCCAAGAACGCGGCGCCCGCGACAACCACAACGAAUACUCAUCAUCAGAUUCCCCAGGGCGGGGCCGCGGCCAAUAUAUCAAAGUCGCACCACGACUCCCUGCACAACCUGCAGUUCUCACAGCACGGACACCAGCAGAACAUGCAGCCAAUCGACUAUGUGCCCAUUCCGCAAAUCAGCCAGAAUUUUUCGGCCAAUCCCUCGAACUACGACAUUGUGGGCAUCCAGCAAAGGAUGUCGCUCAACAGCUCCGUGCACUCGUUGGCCAAUAGCCACCAGCGCAUCGAUCAGCCGUCAUCGGCGUGCGCCGUCAACAACUUCUACUUGCAGAAUAACAUGCCCGCUGCGGAGAACGUGCCGCGGGUGCCGGUAUCCAGUUCCCUGGGCGGACCGCCGUCGGCGGGCAACAACGACCAGCGGCAGGCUGGGCAGGAGUCGAUAACGUCGACCAACAGCGCAGGAGCCGCUGCCUCCCUGGCGGGGUGCAGCAUUGCCAAGCUGCAGCAGCUGACCAAUUGCCUGGAGAGCCAGCCGUGCAACACGUCGCCUGGAGCCCAGGUGAACCUCGCUCCCUCGCCGCAUCACCCCAUUCCACCGAACUCGAUGACCCCCCCGCCGCACCUGCUGAUGCAGAACAGGAACAUCUCCACCCCGCCCAACAUGCUGCAGACGCAGGUGACGCCUCUGCAGUACAAGUACUAUCCGGGCAACAUGAACAUCCCGCCGAUCGCGUCGGCGCAGAACGCGAGCCGGAACACCCGCAACACCCCCUCCGCCCCGGUGCAGCACACCUCGACGUCCAUGAGCAGCGGCAACAACCAACGGGCCAACGUGCACAUCAGUCCCAACUUGAUGGCUCCCUACGGAGCUAUCAACAGCUACCGCAUGUCACCGCAGCAGUCCCCGCCUACUGGAAGCUACAGCUCGGGAAGCGAGUACCCCAACUCGCAGAUCCCGAUGCAGAUGAUGAACAUGCCAUCGCAGUACCAGGAUGCCUGCGUGCUACAGCGGGGCACGCCCUCCAACCCGAUGUACCCCACGUAUUCCCCCUACUUACCUCUCAACGGUUCUAUUCGCAGAUAAUAGAUGCGCACAUUUUAUAUGUUACUGUAUUGAGUAUGAUUUGUAUAUUAAUGUGUGCUGUAAAUAAAUAUAUAAUACGUCAAUUU